UGUAGCAACACCGGCCCAGUGUGUUUCUAUCGCGGCAGUGAGGAGGUUACGUCCCAAAAAAUGGGCUGUGAAAAAAAUUAUCACCGAAAACUGUUAUGAAACGUUAAAAAACUGUUAAUUUAACAAAAUUAAUAUGUUAGUGGCAUUAUAACAGUCGGUGCGUGCGUAGUUUAAGUAGAUAGUGAUUUUUAUUUUUCGACGCGAUCCGUAGAAUGAUAGUGUUCGUUGAGCUUAAGCUAACAUAACAUAAUGUGUAACUGAGGGACAGUGUGGCAAUGGAUCAGUCGAGCUGAAGACUUGGAACCGUUGACAUUGUGGCGAUCGGGAGAAAAGACGAAAAUGCGCUGGAUAUUUCCCGUUCCAGUUCUCCUCAUGUCCUGGUUCGGAGUGGAGCAAGUAAAAGGGAACUCCUGCAUCAGGACUGCAUUGUGGACACUAAGUCUGAGUCCUCUUGUUCAGGCGGAAUGCCAAACGCGCACGAUUUACUGUUAUGAGUGUGACAGCUGGACGGACGCUCGCUGCAAGGACCCCUUCAACUACACCGCUCUGCCGCGGGACCAGCCGCCGCUGCAGACCUGCAACGGCUGCUGUGUCAAGAUGGUUCGCUAUUCCAAAAGCCCGUACGAGGUCGUCCGGCGCACCUGCACGUCGCAGCUCCAGAUAAAUCUGUUCAUGGUGGAUCACGUUUGCAUGAUGGAAAGUACAGGCACUGGUCACAUGUGUUUCUGCGAGGAGGACAUGUGCAACGGCGCAUCGACUGUCGACAUCACGCUGGCGUUGACAGCACUAGUCUUGUUAGCAUGUGCAUGUUGCAGGUGAAGUAGGACGCUAGUUACCGCUAGAGGGCGUCGAUCGAUCUAUCGACAUUUCCUUGCACGUUGGUGACGAACCGUUUUUCGAUAAACUUUUGAUUCGUGAGUGUGCAAGCGAGAUGCACGAAUCAAAAUAUCGAUCGACUCGAUGGCGCAACCCUAGUUAUUUAAUUACUAUCUUCGUCCAAUUGUAGUCUGUAGUAUAGUUUUUGGAGGUGCUUAGUUUUCACAGCGCAGUAUUAAAGUUUAGCUGGAAGCGUUUAUCUAACAAUUUUUCUAAUAACAUUUCAUUAAGUACACGAACCAUUACUCCUAAACCCCCGCCACACGGCGAACUCAAAAUGCCAUCGAACCGCUGCGAACUUGUGGGUUCCUUUAUAAGUAAAUUGACUUAUUUGACUUUAAUUUCUGUACAAUUAAGGACAUUCAAGUUUGAUUUUACUUUAAGUGUAGUUCAUUUUUAAUUUGUUUUUUCGUUUUUGUACAAAUUGUUGAAGUGUACAAAAUUAUUGUUGUUUGCGUUGCCAUUUUGAUUUCGUCGACAGACGCGGGUAAACAAAAAAAACAAACAAAAUCACUCGAGCCGUCUUCUUAAUAAAAUUAACGUGAAAAAAUAUUUGUAACAAAAAUCUCACCCCCAAAAACACAUUUGUGAAAACUAAACGCUUAAAUUAUUUCUCAUCUAACUUUCCAAUAUUACGCGAAUAUAAAAACGACUAUAAUUAUUAUAUAAUUAAAAAAUCUUAAUUAAUUUUACAAAUAUUUCAAACUUUUAGCAUGUAAAUAGUGCUGUCACAUAGUGAUGUGACUGAUUAUUAUCGAUAACUGAUACUUCGCGACGCUUCUAACUUACUGGUCCAAUUUUAAGACCAACUUGAAUUUGCUCAUAGACGCACUCUAUAGACGUGAAGCACUAUCUAGGUAGAAAUAAACGAUAAAGAUUACGAAGCGACGAGAACUAGCGAGAACUGCCGCGUAAGUAGUUGGGUAUUAAGGACAUAGGUUAGGUUCCAAGAAUAGUUUCAAAGGUGAUAUAGAAAUUAUAAAUUUCGUUAUAAUGUGAGAAUAACUUCGUGAUUCAUUAGAUUUCGAUGUAGAACUUAUACUUUGUAAAGGAAACGUAUUCAGACGGAUCGCCACCCGGCGCCGCACUGGUGGCGCUGGUUGUGACUGCUAGCCGGUGAGCUGUGCUGGGUGACAUCACAAUCCAAACGUCCACUGUACUGUACUUAUUAUAAUAACUCGUUGUUAAGACGUCAUAUUGAUACUAAUACCUGAAAAAAUAUAUAGGUACUGUUAUGCCUUUUGAAGAAAAAGAUUAACUUUAAGUACCAUUUUACAUAAAUCUAUGUGAGUUUGGAACAAUCAUCCGAAUAUUGACAACGAAUCAGUCUCUUAAAAUCUCAAGUCAAUAGCAAUAAAGUUUUAUCAUCGCAAUUAAAAGAAAAUCGCUAUGAACACGCCACACGUAAAGUCAGUCAGUAAAAUAAACGCGAAUCGUCCGGUAGGUGUGUCACGCUGCAGCCUCAUAAAUUGUUUUUCAAUUCUCAUCAUCUCUCGUCUCACUAACAUACACUAGUUUUAAAACGAUUACUGGCCUCAGCUGUCUAUAAAUGUAAUAAAACAGAUUCGUAUUUGAAUAAUUAACAUUGUUCCAAAGAGACAUAAAGAUUUAGUAUUCUAGUCUGGUGAUGGCUACAGCGUGCACGUUACGGACGGACGCAGGACAGUCAUCAUCAAAAUCUCGAUAAAAUUCCGCAAAUAUGAUCUCGUAAAUCAGUAGAAACUGUAUACGUUUCCUUUACACGGAAUAUCGAGUGAGAUGAAGAAAUAUGUUUCCUCUGUUGAACUGCAUUUUGUACCUACGAAAGUACAAAUCAUAAUAUAAUAGAACAAUAUGUUAAGAUACCGAAGGCAUCGCCGUGAUAAAUAGUUACAUCCGAUUCCUGGACGCAAUAAAACGAGUGCAGUAUGUUCGUACUGAUAUUGUAAUUGAGUUUAUGCAUUGCGUGACUUAGGUUAGGUCUAGAUGAAUGAAGUGCUAGAUUCUAGUUGAGGCGACGCGUACAAUGACCUCAUAAUAUUGUGUCUAAUUAUAAGUUAAUCUAGGAACAUAAACACCAAAUAAAUUUAAUCGUUAAUAUCGUAUGUAGAUAAAUUUAUUCGUUAAGUUUAUCCUUUAGUUUCGUUUUUAUAUAUUUCAUAAAUAUAUUGUAAAUUACGAAAAUAUACCUUUAAUAUAAUAGUGUAUUUGGUAUAGUUACUUCCUUCUUAUAACAUAAGCGUUUAUAUAUAAUUCGUUAUAAUUAAAAUAAAUUAAAAAUCUAGGCUGAAUAAAUUGCGCUGCAAAAUUUAUCGAAUUUUUUUAUCGAUAUCAUGAAAGCUCUACGCUUUGUAACAUACGUUCAGCGACACGCGGUUAAAAGAGAGAUAUUUUUCUCGUUUAUUUGUAAUAUAGAAAUAUUAAUCAUUAUAUAUAAUUAUCAAAAAAAGGUGAAGAAACUUUAGACAAUGAAAUAAAAUUACGACAUGAAUCAUUUUAUAUUAAAAAAAAAAAAAAACUAAAGUUUUAAGCGACUGCCAUACACGUGUCAGUCUGGAACAAAAGUUUUCGAUUCGUCGAUUAUGUGACCAUAGAUUAAGCAGAUAUUGCUAGCCGUAGAGGAGUUUUUGCCAUUAAAACAAUUUACAUAAUAUAUUCAUUAAUUUAUGACAAUAUAUUUAUAUCGACAAAUUCUAUUUAUAAAUAAAAAAAUCAGUUCAUGUUUUGAUGAAUAAAAAGCUAAUUACGAUUUAUAUGUAUAUUAAGAAGCAUUGCAUGUUCAGUUCUAAAUAAGUAAUAAAGGUGAUCUUAGCAUGAACACUGCACCGUAGUUGGGCUGCCUUCCGGCACUUUGUAAGCAGGUCUGCCAACAUCGCAAUGGUACUCGUACAAUUCAAAAGGAUAUUUACAAAAAAUAACAAUCAUAUAAAUGUCAACACUUAUAACCAGACAUUUAUAACUUUAAAUUAUAUUUACUAAAUUGGAAUUAAUCAGAUCUGCUCAUCAUUUUUAAACAUACAUAAAAUGGUGACCGAGCGAUGGCCAUACGAGACAAAAACUGUGCGGUCAAUGAUUUGUAAAUAUUAUUAUGUUGGCAGACCUACAUUUAUAAAUCUGACAGCUACCAUUUUUAACAGUUGUCACUGUAAAAGUUAUAACACUGAGGUACAAUACCGUUACAUUAAAACGUUAAAAAUAACCACAUUAGAAAUUAACUGUUAUUUUAGUAUUAUCAGUUAAAUUUUAUGUUUUAUUAAUGUUUUGAACGUAACAAGUGCGCUAGUGUUGACAUAAUUUAUUUUAAUAAUAUAUAGUCAUAAUUAAAAAAUUGUAAACAAUAACUUAAACUUAAUUCGCUUUAAUUUAUCAACUAAAUAGUCUAAGAAUGCUAUGUAUCGUUGAAAUAUGUUUUUUUUUUAGGUUUUUUUUCGCGCUGCCAUCUUUAAAUAAAAUACUAGCAAUAAGUUUUAAACAAACGUCUUUAAAAGCUUUCAAAGCUUUAUAACUAAUACAUACAGAUAAUACUUUAGAACUCGGCUUCUCCUCUGAAAAUAAAAAAGGAUAUUUCAACAAAUAUUUUCCAUUACAAUUUCUUCUUCACUUUGCGAUUGCAUAUCACGCAUAGAAGUCUAGCUGUUUCUAAAUUUUAUAGGCUAUUAGAAUAACAUAUCUUUCGCAUUUGGCAUGUGCCACGCGAAUGACCUAAGGACCUAGGCGACCUAGUAUUAAGCAUGUAUUCGGACGAUUCAAUAACGAAAAGCGUAGCCAUAACGAUUUUUCCAUUAAAAACUAUAUUCCAUUAUUGUAAUAUAGACAAUGGGUUAUGUCCUGUCUCUGUCGCGCAUACCGUAACGUGAGCAGCGGGAAAGUGAUGAAAGAUGUCACUCUGUCAUGUGGUAGACAUAAACAAGACAUGACUCAGCGAAUUGUUACUAGGACUUGUUAGAAAUUACCUCUAUGACAUCAAAUCACGUAAAGUUUAUCUUAAAUCACCUGUAGGGAAAUUGUUUUGGCUACGUCUGUAUAUUUUUAUUGAAUUAACAAUAAAAGGAAAUAUUUUGAAUAAUAAAAUGACUAAGGCUUUUUAACAGUACUAUAAAAGUUAUUGAGUUCGUUUUUCUUCUAAUGGAAUGUAAAUUGCACUCACUCACUUACUCUACCAGCUGACCGCUUUAAGGUGAACAUGUUACCACCAGAUAUGUCGACUAUUUAAUAUUUUGAGCUUCGGAAUACGCGGACUUAAAAUAAGAACGAAAGUAGUCCUAUUUUCAAAAAUUACCAUUUAUAAUAUUAUUAUUGAGAUUUAUUUAACAUUGUGCAUUUGCAAAUUAAUAAUGUAAUUUAAGAGAUCGCGUCUUCUGGUUUCCCACCUCACACAAAUGACACUUGUAUGUCUGUAUUCGUCACUUGAUCGCAUGUUGUGAAGCUCAAAAGUUGGAAACAAUGUGACCUGUUUGUGAAUAUUUUCACAUGUCAUCCGUUGAUCUGAAAUGAAUAAAUCCCAAAUAAUUAGAA